AUGAGCGGGCGCUGGGACGUGGGCCGGGCCCUGGCGCUGGCCGCGCUGUUCCGGGGGCUGCAGGGCGCGGGCCGGGGCUGCGCCGAGCCCUUCCUGCCGCUCUACCUGCGGCUGCUCGGGCUGCCCGCGCCGCUGGUCGGGGCGGCGGCCGGGGCCCGGCUGCUGGCGGCGCUCGCCGUUCCGCUGUGCUGCCCGCGGGGCCGCGCCGGGCGGCGCCUGCUGCUGCUGGGCUCGGCGCUGGGCUCGGCCGGGGCCAGCCUGGCGCUCACCCUCAUCCCGCCCGCGGGGGACACGGGGCGCUCGGGCUGCAGCCUCUCUGUACCCAGCUCUGUGCCCGGCCCUGUGCCCAGCCCGGUGCCCAGCCCCGGCAGGAGCAGUGACGGGGCGCUGAACCCCAGCGCUCUGCCGCACACCAGAGCCGUGCCAGGGCGAGCGGGCACAGCGGCUGCUGAGGUGGUGGCAGCGAGCAGGGAGCCCGCUCCGGGCAGUUCAACCUCCCAGGCGUUGCUGGGCACAGCAGGUGCCCUUCAGGAACGCGGCAGAGGGCCUGGGGAAGGUGAUCCAAAGGGAAAAGGCUCCUUGGAUGGUCCCUCUGGCCCGACAGUGAAAGGCAUCGAUCAGCAGACACCGGAACCAGGAGGGCCGGCAUCCUACAGCCCUCCCUCCCCCAGGCUCCAGAAGGAAACUCCGGACUCUGCCGCCACCGAUCCUGCUGAUAAUGCUGAGGAAAGCCUAAAUGCCACCGAGAGUAACGAGCCAGCUUUGUUUAAAACAGCUCUUCCCGCUGUUGGAGGUGCCCACGUGUCCGAAAACCUUUCCGACUCUCGAGGUGCCAGCUUGGAGGCAGUGCAGAGCACCUCCCAGGACACAGAGUACCGGGUUUUUCUCAUGGUCCUGGGCGCCGUGGUGCUUUGGGAGCUGCUGGCCACGUCCCUGGAAUGGGCCAUGGAUGAGAGUGUCUACGAGUACCUGGACUUUGUGGACGCCACGGACAGGCACGGGCGGCUGUGGCCGUGGGGCUGCGUGGGCGCGGCCGCCGGAGCGUGCGGCGUGUCCGUGCUGGUGGAGCAGCUGGAUUGCACCCUCGGCGGCUCCGUACCCCGCCUGGCCGUGCACUUCUACGCCUACGCUGUGCUGGUGGUGCUCUCGCUGACGGUCGGCGUCUCCUUUGCCAGCCACGCUCCCAGGCGCGGCGGCCGCGCUCCCGGGCUGCCCAAGGCGCUGUCCCUGCUGCGGGGCCACGGCCGGGCGCUGCUCUUGGCAGCCACCCUGUUCCUCGUGGGCGCCGCCAGCGCUGCCAGCCACAGCUUCCUCCCGUGGCAGCUGCAGGACCAGGGCAGCAGCGAGCUCCUCCUGGGGCUCUGGGUGGCCCUGGGGCCGCUGGCGGAGCUGGCGCUUCACCCGCUCGGGCCGCGGCUGCUGCGGGCGCUGCCGGGCGGUGGGGCCGAGGCGCUGGGCCUGGGCGCGCUCGCAGCGCAGCUCCUGAGCUAUUCCCUGCUCCGGGUGCCCUGGGCGGCGCUGCCCCUGCAGGCGCUGUCCGGCCUCGGCGGCGGGGCCCUGCGGUGGCGCAUGCAGGGCACGGUGCGGGACGCGGCCCCGCCGGGCACGGAGCGCGCCCUGCUCGCUCUGCUGCGGGCGCUGGGCACGGCAGGGGCCGGCCUGGGCAGCCUCGGGGCAGGGUUUGUGGUGCAGCACCUCGGGCUGCCCGUGCUGCUCCAGGCCAGCUGCGUGGGGCUCGGCGUCUGGACCCUGUUCUUCCUAAUUGUCCGAUGCAGAUUGCCCCGGCAGAGAAAAAUCAAUUAUUCCCGGCUCCUGGCUGCGGAUUCCAGUGAAGUGAGUGAUUCUGAGGAGGAGGACGAGAAGGACUGGCUGGUAAAGGCUAUGAAGGACGAGAGCUUUAACAGGAAUUGGAUACAGCAGCAUGGGAUCAACUAGUCCGUACCUAAAUCUGUGGGGUGGAGUGGGAACCUGGGGUAAUGAUAGU